AUUGAUUCUAUAUGCCAUGAUGGAAUUUUACCCUACGUGAAGCUAAGAGAGGGAGAUCAAUAGGAAAUGUAAAAUUGAUGAAAUCUGCCAAUGGGCAUUGUUAUCAAAGGAUAUACACUGUUUACACCUAUUUUACAUAGCAGAGAAGAUACAAGAUUCACGGCAGAGUAAUAUACGGCUUAUUGGUUCAGCUAUACUAGGUAUUAAUUUAUCAUCAGCUUGAACAAUUCUACGAGCCAGUACCAGCUCUUGGUUAAAGUAAUUCAUAUCUAAAUCAUAUGAGUUAAGAUGUGGUUAGGAUGGCAGCUGUCUGAAGUGUGCCUAGGGAAUAAGAACAAGUACUAAUAAAUUCAAGUAAUAUUCUAUAAGAACAAACAGCCCAUAUAACGUGUUCUAUACCCAUCACGGAUUUGUAAUAAUAAUCGAGGAUAGUGGCUAUUACAUACAUAGCAAGGUAAGGAAGGAAACACCACCUGAUCCUCUAGCUAGCCAGAUAUAUUUUCCAAGAUAGCGCCAGAUGACUCUUCAAAUAGGGGACGGAACAUGAGCACAUUGAUACAGUACAGCGCUGGCAGUGGGUCAAAACUUCAACGAAAAUCUUCACAAACUUCCAUUAGCUCUGGUAAUUUGCCAAGGAACCCCUCUUUCACAGGUGGCAGGGGCAAUGUGUCCAGUAGGGAUAGACCCAGGCAUUUCCGCACAGAUAGCAAUGAUAGCCGCAGUGGUUCCUCAGGGGCCAAGCACUGGUUACUAGGUGGUGAUACAAGUACACCAGAUGGCGCCGCUGGUUCAUCAUCUUCGGAGAAAGGUUCUGGGUCAGGAAGGUUGCCAACUACCGCAGAAGUCGUUGUCAGAAAAACGACUGAUAGCAGUGUUACAAAGGGAAAAUACAAGAGGCGUGGCUUCUUCAGAAAUCUUGGCAAAUCUGGGUUACGGGUGUCCAAUAUAGGCCUUGGGACAUGGGUGACAUUUGGUGCUCAAAUUACGGAUGAUACAGCGGAGGAGCUUGUGACGUUGGCCUACGAAAGUGGAAUCAAUGUGUUCGAUACUGCAGAGGUCUAUGCAGCUGGAAAGGCAGAAAUAGUGCUGGGGAAGAUAUUCAAGAAAAAAGCAUGGAGGAGAUCCAGUUACAUCAUAUGUACAAAGAUUUACUGGGGAGGAAAAGCAGAGACGGAAAAAGGAUUGUCCAGAAAGCAUAUUAUUGAAGGUUUGAAAGGCUCCUUAGAAAGACUCCAAAUGGAAUAUGUUGAUCUUGUAUUUGCUAACAAGCCUGACCCACACACCCCAAUGGAGGAGAUUGUGCGUGCAUUUACUCAUGUAGUCAAUCAGGGCUGGGCAAUGUAUUGGGGCACCUCCAGAUGGAGCAAUAUGGAGAUAAUGGAGGCAUAUUCUGUAGCACGGCAAUUCAACCUGAUACCUCCGAUCGCAGAGCAGGCCGAGUACCAUCUUUAUCAGAGAGACAAAAUUGAGGUCAAUAUGCCAGAACUUUACAAUAAAAUGGGUAUUGGUUGUAUGACUUGGUCUCCACUGGCAUGUGGCAUCCUGACUGGCAAAUAUGAUGAUGGUGUUCCUAUAUAUUCAAGAGCAGCUCUAAAGUUGUCCACACAGGGAUAUAACUGGCUUAAGGAUAAGAUACUCAGUGAGGAGGGAAGGCGACAACAGGCACAGCUACGUGAAGUAGCUGUAAUAGCAGAUAAAAUUGGCUGCUCAUUAUCACAACUUGCUAUUGCUUGGUGUCUGAGGAAUGACAAUGUCCACUGUGUUCUGCUAGGAGCUUCUAAUGUGGACCAGCUCUACGAAAAUAUGCAGUCAAUUCAGUAUGUUUCAAAACUUACACCUGCCAUAAUGGCAGAGCUUGACAAGAUCUUAGGAAACAAACCUGUGAAGAUACGAGAGCAUAUAGCAAGGUGACUAGGGCCCACACCUAAAGAAACUAUAGUUGACAUGAACCAACAAACAGUUGUUAAACCCGAACCUAAAGAUGAUAAUGAGGAAUCAUCAUCUUGGUGUACAAUCCAAUGACAUCUAUUGGCAAAUGGUUGAACUAUAUGCAAUAUCACUUUGGUGUCCUGAAUAAGAUUUUUCACAGGGAAGUCAUUUGUUGAAGCAGCUUAUUUUUACAACAUUAAUUAAGAACAUCAAAUUGCAUGCAGCUUGGGCUAUACCUGAACUCCAGGGUUACCUUGUCCAUGUAUUCUUGGUUAUCCUGUAAUCUGGGCUAUCCUGUACUCUGAAUUACACUGUACCUUUAGUCUCGGUCACCCUGUAUUCCAGGUCACCCUCUACCCCAGGUCACCCUGUAUUUAAGGUCAUCCUCUACUC